UGACGCUGACGCUGACGCCGACGCUGACGCCGACGCUGACGCCGGGCCGGGGGGCAGCUGUUGGGCAGCGAUGGGCGGCGGGGAUCUGAAUCUAAAGAAGAGCUGGCAUCCACAGACCUUGAAAAAUGUUGAACGAGUGUGGAAGGCAGAGCAGAAACAUGAAGCGGAAAAGAAAAAGAUUGAGGAGCUUCAGCGGGAGCUCCGCGAGGAGCGAGCCCGAGAAGAGAUGCAACGCCAUGCGGAGGAUAGCGGGGCCAUGAAAAAGAAAUCGGACCGUCUCGACUGGAUGUACCAAGGCCCCUGUGCUAUGGUGAACAAGGAGGACUACUUGCUGGGCAGACCCAUCGACAAGUACGCCACCGACAAGAUGGUGGACGAGGAGUCUGGCCCUUCUUCAGACACUGGGCUACUUCCUGGCUCCAUCUUCACGGCCACAGGGGCGAACUCUGCCUUGGAUAUGGCUUCCAAAAUCCGGGAGGAUCCACUGUUUACAAUCAGGAAGCGUGAGGAAGAGAAAAAGAGAGAGACUUUAACUAAUCCCAUGAAAAUGAAGAUGAUCAGAGAAAUGCUAAAAAAGAACCUGGAUAAAACAGAAAAGAAGAAAAAGAAGGAGAAGAAGAAGAAGCACAAGAAACAUCGGCACUCCAGUUCCAGUGAUAAUGGGCAGCACAAAACAAAACGGCGUGAAAAGAGCACUUCACCCACGUCAGUCCAGAAGAAAAUCGCUGGUUACGGUUUAAAGGUGAAAGAUUCUCACAGGAUUAAACAACGACCUGCUUCCCCAUCCCUUGACCACGGUGAGGUGGCGCACAAAAGCAGGCCCAGGUCCAGGUCACGGUCGGGGAGCCACUCGCGAUCAACAGCGCGGCAGUCUCACAAACGCAACAAGCAUGAAGAUUCGCGGGGUCGAAGAUCCAGGUCAUCAUCUCGAUCCCCUCCAAAGCACUCGAAGGCGCAUUCACAGUACUCUGACACGGGAAACACCCAAGCACGAAAAAUAUCCCCAAAGAGAGAAGGAUACCAGAGGAAGCCUCAUUCCAGUCAGUCCAGGAACCUUUCAGCAGAGGAGCUUGAACACAGACGUUUGGAGAUGAUGGAGAAUGCUAAGUGGAGAGAUAAAACCCGAGAGAGUAACAUCAAGAGGUACAAAGAAGAGGAAGCAUUGGAGCAAGAACUUGACAAAAGAGAUUCCAAGGAAGCGAAAUUCCUCCACAAGAUGAAGCUACAAAGUACGUCGACAUCUUCGCUAGAAGACCGCAUGAAACGCAACAUUCAUUCCUUCCAGCGGACGCCAGCAGCAUUGGAGAAGAACUUCAUGAAGAAGUGAAUCGGGCUGUGAGUGUGAAACCGAGGAGAGGUCCAGUCCGAAGACGGUUCACCCAAAAUAUACAGCAGCUGCCACUUUUGCCUUUUCCUGAAGAAAAAAAAAUAAUUCAGGAGCUAGAAAUCAAUAUUACUCAGGGAAACGCCAUCUCCAAUGCUAAUUGAUUCUGUGCCCAUCGCAGUUCCCCAACGAGCUCCAAGCAUAUCCAAAGAUACCAGCCCAGUUUUUUUUUCAAAGUGUGUCAGUACAAAACAGGAAACUUUCAAGUCAAUGGAAUUAGCAGACUUAUUCCUUGGAGACUGCCCCGGCCAGAUCUCACUAUCCUGCCCAUUAUGCCUGGUUUGUUCAUGGUCCAGAAUUGGCCAUCGGUGGUCAGAUUUCCCAUGAAGGUGCUUGCCCCAUUAAGGCGAUCAAUGUUGAUCCGCAUGCACAGAUAAACCCAGGGUGGUUAUAUUUCCAUGUGGGGCAGAAGGAUGGCAUUCGGCCCAUCAAGUUCCUGCCAGCUCUCCGAGCAAUUUUGUUUUCCGCUAAUUUUCCCUGUUCCACUAUUCUCCCCCACAUUCCCAUCCUUUCUAAAACCCAUGUAUACCAGAGGCAAAUUAUUAACAAUGGCCAAUCGUCCUCCACCCUGGAGACGUGGGAGGAAACCGGAGCAACGGGGGAAGCCCAAGCGGUCACAGCGAGAGUGAACAAACUCCGCAUAGCAUCAUAAGCCAGGAUUGAACCUGCGGCUUAGCGGCACUGUGGCGUAGCAGUAGAGUCGCUGCCUUGCUGCGCCGGAGACCCGGGUUCGAUCCCGGCCACGGGCGCUGUCUGUACAGAGUUUGUACGUUCUCCCCGUGACCUGCGUGGAUUUCCUCUGAGAUCUUUGGUCUCCUUCAACACUCCAAAAUUGUACAGGUUUGUGGGUAAAUGUACAAAUUGUCCCUCGUGUGUGUGUGAUAGUGUUAAUGUGCGGGCAUCGCGGGUCGGCGCGGACCCGGUGGGCCGAAGGGCCUGUCUGCGUGCGCUGUAUCUCUAAACUAAACUGAAGCUGCUCCAUUGUGCAACUGAGGUCUGUUGAGUAAAUGCUGGUGUUUAAAUACAAGUGUGUUGCAGAGAGAUUCUUGACAAGUUCAAUAUAUCUAGUGUGAAAAGGAACUAAUGGGGUCAGGCAGCAUCUGUGGAGGGAGGAACAAGUGUUGAACUUCCUGAAGUUCUGAUACAUGUAAGUUCUGAUAUGUAGUUUCUCUCUCUACGGACUUGAAUAUUUGGAGUGCUUCUCUGUAUAGAGUUUAUUAUCUGCGUUUUUUUUGCUUUCCAUUGUUUAGGUAAUGAGUGAGGCGUGUGGUUUUUGAAUCUCACUCCGGGUGGCUGGCCUAAGCUGGCAACUGCAAAGUAAUUGUCAGGCCAGUAAAACUGAAUGGGAAAAGUCAGCAUUGCAGUGUUGCCAGGCAUGUUGAAUACAGAUGGGGCUGGAAUUGUGCUCCUCAUAUGGAAUAAUUAAUGAUGCGUGUAUAGAUUCAGAUGUGCGUGGCCAUCCCAGUUUACCAACUCCCGAAUUAGGUACACCACGUACGUGGGUACAAGCAUUUGGCUGGUGGGGUGCAUUUGCUGACUGCUGCAGGGCUGCAGGGCUGCAUGCAUGCAUCUUGUGCUGUGCAGGAGCUCGGAACUCUUCUAGUUUGUGAACGAUUCUUGGCGUCAGACGUCUCCUGUAAUCCGGAGCGGACCCAAGCGGUCAUUUUGUGAUUCGAUGACAUACUUGUACAUCUUAUCCCCAUAAUGUCUCAGCCGGGAGUUUCUCCCUGUUAUCUUUCUUAGAAAGGUUGUUACUGUUUUCUGGAAUUCUGCGCUCCUGUUUCUCCACGCUGAGAUUGAGUAUUUGCCUCUCCCCCCCCCCCCCUCUUCCCCUCUUCCCCUCUCCCCCUCCCCCUCUAACUAACCUGAUGCUUGUCAAGUGUCAUAGGGAUUAGUCAAUUUAGGGCCCGGUAGCUGAGAAGAAACUGCCUUGUACACAUGCCACUGUCAGCAUUCUCAUCCCACAGGUACAGCUAUCAUUUUCAAACAGUCAUACUCAGCUGGGCUAUUUAUCCUGAGCUUUGUACCGCUGUCACCUGAUGUGUGCACACAAACGCAAGCCAGCAGAGAUUAAUAUAAGGGUAGAAACCAGGUUAAUUCCUCUCCUCACCCCUGAGGUUGCCCAGCGCUGUUGGGGUUAGAUUAAUGAAUGUGUUCGAUUUCUCUGCCUGAAUCCAGCGACUUCAGUGCAACGGAACAGCUGAGUGGCAGCAUGACAGCAUUAGUUUUCUAAUUACUGCACCACCAAGUCACACACAUUCACUAACUGAACAACAGGGAGGGUGCAGAGGGAUGAAUGUUACCAGAACAUUCCUUUGAGAAUAGACACAGAAUGCUGGAGUAACUCAGCGGGACAGGCAGCAUCUCUGGAAAGAAGGAAUAGGUGACGUUUCGGCUCGACACCCUUCUUCAGUCUUCAGUCAAGACUCUUCUUUGGUCUGAAGAAGAGUCUCGACCCGAAACGUCACCAAUUCCUUCUCUCCACAGAUGCUGCCUGUCCCGCUGAUUUACUCCAGUAUUUCGUGUCUACCUUUGAUUUAAACCAGCAUCUGCAGUUCCUUCUUACAAACAUUGUGUUUCAUCAACUUAUAUGUAGUGUAAAUAAUUAUCAAUUGUAUUUGGUUGCCAGAAGGGUAUCUUGACAGUCGGGUAUUACACCUUUGAUCUGUUUGCACAAAUGAAUCUGUAUAUAACUACCUGAUUUAUUUGAUACUUUUUAUUAAAGCUGAUGUAUAAAACUGAGUGUUUAAAUUCCUGGGAAAUUUGAUGGCAACAUUUCUAAUGGCAUAAUUUUGUAUAUUUUAAACAAUAAAGCCAUUUAAACAUU